UAGUGGAGCUUUUAACAAACAUGUGUGUGUGAGAGAGCAGUGAACUAGAGAGAGAUGACAGUGGCUGCCAGUAGUCAUCUCGCUCGCGCACAAAUGCCAGCUGCUGCAGUAACAACGCAUUCGCGACUAUGUACGCCUGGUCAGCGGCCAGCGCCAGGUUGGAACAAGAAAACGAAAGUGUUAACGUUAACGUAUUGCGCCCCAAUUGCAUCCGCAUUUGUGUAUUACUCCGCCCUCGCCUCGGUUACAAAUCCUGACUACAAUGGUGUCGUGAAAAGCAAGCUGCAGUUCUUAAAAAGUUAUAAAUUAAAACGUAGUAAUGAAGUGUCGAUAUAACGGGACCAGCAGCAGUCGCAGUCCGCUGUCUCGAUGUUGUCGCCGCAACAUGUUGGUCGCCGCCGGCGCUGCCGCUGCCGCUGCUGGCGCUUCUGGUCACCUGCUCGGUUCGGGUGAAUUCUACGAGUUUGCCUGCCGGUUGGAGCCGUUUUUUGCAUUGCAACAUCACCACUAGGGUUGUCGGCUCCUCCGAGAUGUCGGCGGCGAUGACACCUAAUUCCCUGGCCAAAUCCAUCCAUGAGAGGCGCGACUCGCAAGGAAAAGAAAAUGGAAAUAUUCACUAAAGGCCAUCGAUCACCUGGUUGCAAUCGAUGCAUCUUACGGACAACCCUAGUUGCAACAUGGACGCCGCCGCCACGGAGCAUAUCGGCAUGUCUUAUUGGAAUGAACAUUCUAGGAACUUGCCCUAGACGGAUGACCAGGCGACCAGCAGGCGGCAAAACGAGACCAAAUCCCACACCGAACCUGUUGGGGCGUCAAAAGAGCGGAACACUCUAUUCGUCUCUCUGCCGCCUUCCUGCUCGCACAUUCUCACACUGCGACAUGUUGGACAGCUGCAGCGGCUAGAGAGGGACAACCACAGCAGCUUAAGAUAAAUACAGAGUGAGUGAGUGUGUGUGUGAACUGAGUGCAGACGAAGUGGCGCGCAAUUAAAUCGAAUUCUCUGGUUCGCCGGUUCUCUGGGUGCGUCCGUCAUUUUUUGUACAAUAAGUGCUCCAAUUCGGACAGGCGAGCAGAACGUCCAACUGGAAACUGGAAACUGCGAGCGGCGGGAAUGUGGAAUGUGGAGCAAACAACGAGUUCUGGUUCGAGUAACUCUCUUUUUUUUCUGGCCGCGCUUUGUUAUUCCCAUUCUUAAUACCAGCUACUACUACAUGCGAGUAAACACACACAUCUGGGCUUACAGCAACAACAACUUGUGCUACAUCUUCCUGUUCUGGUCAAAAUACGUGAAAGCCCGGGACUUUACCUUUAAAUUAAUAUGGACUCCAUUUGAAUGGCCGUUCCUCGACGAGGUUACCCGUCCAAUUAACAUGUCACUGGGACUGACUGAGGAGUGCCAACGCGAAGGCGGACGGAAUGGGCUCCGAGGCGGAAGAGAUGGACCCAGCGGCAAACCGAAUCCCUGCCGACUGGUGUGGCGGACAAAGGGAAUCCGGGUGCCAAGUGCCGGGGACAAUGGUUUGAUUACAAAAAUCUAAAAGUAGGUUUGCAGCCAAUCCCCCAGCUUGGCUUUUGAUCCAGAUUAAUGAGCCCGAUGAGCUCUUCUGCACCGACACCAGAAGGCCAGAAAACUGGUUUGUAACUUAUCCAGCCCGAGUUGGCCAUAAAGCGACUAGCUGGACUGCCUGUCCUGUCUCAACUUUAACCCCGGAUAUGCCGGGUAAGUAAUAUCCGACGAUAAAUAUAUAUUGUAUAUGACAAGUGUCGCCCCGGCGGAGAAAGCUAAAGUUAUAAAGCAAAAAUAAUUAAUAAACGAAGAAGAACACUUGAGGAAAAACCGAGAGAAAACGAAUUUUGAAAAACCAAAAUUAUCGAUAAACCAAUUAAA